AUGAAGGGUGAAUUUGGGAGGAUGAGGUCCAGGUCCCAUCGUGUGGUCGAGGAUCGUCAUGUGUGUGUCGUUGAUGCUAUGCGGCAAAGUUGUUGGGCUAAUAUGCCGUCCGAGCUUUUAAGGGACGUGCUUGCUCGGAUCGAGGAGUCUGAUUGUAAUUGGCCGCAAAGGAGAAAUGUGGUUGCUUGCGGUGGUGUUUGUAGGAGUUGGAGAGAGAUUAUGAAGGAAAUAGUGAUGAAUUUGGAAGUUUCUGAAAAAUUGACAUUCCCUAUUUCUCUGAAGCAGCCUGGUCCUAGGAACACCGUGAUUCAGUGCUUCAUUAAGCGGAAUCGUGGGACUCAGACCUAUAACCUUUACCUCAAUUUGAGCCAAGCUUCUAAUGAUGAUGGGAAAUUUCUUCUUGCUGCCCGAAGAUGUAGACGUCCAACUUACACGGACUACAUUAUAUCCCUGAAUGCUGACGAUGUAUCAAAAGGCAGCAACAACUACAUUGGAAAAUUGAGGUCUAAUUUCUUGGGUACCAAGUUCACAAUUUAUGACGCCCAGCCCCCAAAUGUUGGAGCUAAAGUAACCAAAUCUCGUUCCACGAGAUUAGUCGGAUUGAGGCAAAUUUCCCCUAAAGUCCCUGCUGGCAACUUCCCAGUGGUCCACAUAUCCUAUGAGCUGAAUGUCCUGGGUUCAAGGGGCCCGAGACGAAUGCAGUGCAUAAUGAAUGCCAUACCUGCAUCGGCAGUCGAGCCUGAUGGCGUGGCCCCCACACAGACCGCAUUUGUUCCUGGCAACUUCGAAUCUUUCCCUUCUUCACUCCCUUUUUUCCGGUCAAAGUCAACUCGGGUCGAUAGCUUCCGAUCCGGGCCACUGGUGGGACCCAAGGAUGAUGCGCUGGUUUUAAAGAACAAAGCGCCUAGGUGGCACGAGCAGCUUCAGUGCUGGUGCCUUAACUUCAACGGGCGCGUGACAGUUGCCUCUGUCAAAAAUUUCCAAUUGGUGGCUUCGGUGGAGAAUAACCGAGGUGAUGUGCAGGAGCAGGAUAAUAAUGUUAUUCUCCAGUUUGGUAAGGUGGGGAAGGAUAUCUUUACCAUGGAUUAUCAGUAUCCGAUCUCGGCCUUCCAGGCAUUUGCGAUUUGUCUUAGCAGUUUUGAUACUAAAAUCGCUUGCGAGUGA